GAUGUAUUGCUAUGGUAUGCCUAUUACGCUUAAUGAUGUAAAGAUUACGAGUAAUAUGUCAACAACCUAUGCAAGACAAUUACUGAGUCUUGUCUGCAACAAUAUGAAUUAUGAAAAAUAUAAUGUCAAUGCUUACAGCAAUAAAGAUUUUAGCGCCAAAAAAGCUCAAAUUAUAUUUUAUAAGGAAGAGGAACACGAACUCCAUUACAUACAUCAGCUUACUAAUCUUAAUUUUCUUUUCUACAUUAAAUGCAGUUUAUUGAAUGCAACAUAUUAUUACACUUUUAUUGAAGAUGAUGGAGCUACAUCAGAUGUUGUUGUUCCUAUUUAUGGAAGAUUCAAUGAUAUUUCAAAACCUUAUUGUCUUUUUCGUAACAAAUCAGUAAAGCAUUGCAGUAAUAUUGUAAAAUUUUCAAAACGGUUCAUUCGUAAUGAAGAUAAUAUGGACAUUAUUGAUUUUAACUGGACAACAACACCAGAAUGUUUAACUAACUUUUGCCAAAUUUCUAAUAAUCCUACUAUCAAAUGGCUAAAAAAAUUUCCUAGUUUUGAUGGUCUUGUACCAUUUACUAAACCAAAUGAUAUUGAUAUGCUUAUUCUACAAACAUUCAUGGGAAGACUACAAGUUGAGUAUGAUGGCUAUUGGUAUAAUGUUUCUGGUUUUGAUAUUGAUGCUAAUGAAGUAAGGGUUAUAUGCCAAUAUUUCAAUUUUAACAGUGGAACAAUCAAUCGACAAAGUAAAAAUAGAAUGAGUGAUAGUUUUAUCUUUUCACUUGACUGUUUAAGAAAUGUCACAAAUCUAAAUCUAUGUAAUGUUACUAAUUUUAUGAAAUUGUGGUUAGAUGAAAUUACUGGAUUAGAUAUUGUUUGUUCUAAACAAUUCAUUCAAUGUGAUAAUGAUGAUAAUAGUCCUAACUCAAAAAUUGGAAAUUAUUUAAAUAGUUGCUAUUAUUUAUAUAAAGUUAAUGCAACUUUGUCACAUAAUCAAGGAAAAUCCUUUUGUAAUGUUAAGGGUAAAAAUCUUAUUGGAGUGUCUUCUCAAGACGAAGCUAGAUUUAUUGAAAAUGCUUUAAUAUCUCUUCAUUUUCGUAAUUCUUCUGAGAUGUCGAUAAAAAAAUUAAUGGCUUUUAGUAAUCAGUGGAAAAUUCCAAAUGGUUUGAAAAGAGAAAAACAAACAAACAAACUUUUUCAUAUUUUUUUAAUUCUUCUAAGGUGCAUUUUGGAGCCUAAUGAACCAAAACCUGAAUUUUAUAAAGAACCUUGCACUUAUCUAAGGAAAUAUGAAGAAUUUGCCAACUAUAACCAGUUGAUAUCGAUACCUUGCGAACAAGAGAUGUUUGAUUAUAUUGUAUGCGAAGAGAAAACUGGUAAACUGUACGGGAGUGUGCGAGAAAAUGUAUCAAGAACGUUUUUAAUCUCUUGGUACAUUUUCUCCCUAUCCUAUGUUAAAGAACUGAACAAUACAUCCAAAAAGCCUACUUGA